AAAAAACUCGAAAGGGAAUUUUCGGUUAAAAUAGGGAAUUUUUAGCACCGUCCUGGGGAAUUUUAAAGAAAACGGGGUGGCAACACUGGUCUCUAUGGUUUGCCAAUUUUCUUUAUCUAUGGUUUGUGCAAAGUUAAAUAAUAUUUGUGUAUUUUAUAGAUAACAAAGUAUUUGUUGAAGUGGCGUUUCUUAAUUUUCGGUGUAAAAACACCGUUAAGCUUGCCAAAGUAUUUUUAAUACAUUAUUACAUUAAAUAUACAAUAGAGCAAAAUUUUCUAUUUAAUAGUGUUAAAAGAACCUGAAGAAUUAGUAUUAUUGCGAUCAUAGAUAACAAAGCCUUUGCGAUGAGUUACAAUAAACCAAGUACCUCUGCUGACCAAAAAGUUAUUUUUACCUCUGAUAUUGCAAUAAAACAAGAAAUCAAAGAAUUGGAUGAUAAUGGCAAUUCCAUGGUCUAUGAUAAUUCAGAGGUAAAAGAAGAAUCACAAACAUUCACAGAAAAAGAUGGAGCUGAGCAAUUCCAAAUGAAAUUUGAAGCUGAAGACAAAAUGUUUCUUGACAACGGAUUUAAAAUCAAUGAUAAUGAUAAAGAAAGUGACAGUCCUGGAGAUAAAAGUAAAGAUUUCACUUGCAAUAUUAAGGAGGAAGGAAUGGACGGUGACUUUUCUGAAGAAGAUGGUAAAAAUUCAAAGUUACAAAAUGAAUAUAAUGAAGAAACAGAUGAGAAUGAAGAAUUGUUUGAGACGAAAAUAGAGGUGGAAUAUCAUGGGGUUCAAUAUGAUAACAAAUUAGGGAUCGAAAAUGAGGUUAUAAAUAAAGACAUACUGGCAGAAACAGUCCCCCUAAAAACAGAGAACAAAAGUCUUGAGGAACAGUGUUUUAAACCAAAAGGAAAAGUUAGCAAAGAAAAGAUGUUUAAAUGUGGGAUUUGUUUGAAGAAAUAUCAAACAAAGGGGGGUUUGUAUGCACAUAAAAAGUGUGUUCAUGAAAAAGAACAACAGGAGCUAUUUAAAUGUGGAAAGUGUGAAUAUCAAACUUCAAAAAAAGGUCGUCUUAGCGAUCAUUUAAAAAUUCAUAACAAAAAAAAAUAUUUCAAAUGCCAUUUUUGUCAAUAUAUGGCUGCUGAAUUGAAGACUUUAAAUGCACACGUUUUGAGUAGGCAUAAAUUCGAAAACAAAGGAGAGAAUAAAAUAAAAAUAACAAGCAAAAUACACGAGUGCACCAAUUGUUCAUAUUCAACUGUUAGAAAAACACACUAUGAUAGACAUGUAAAAGUUUGUUUGAAAUUAAAAAAUGUGCAAUGGCAAGAAUGUCACCUUUGCCACUAUAGAACUAUUCAUCAAAGUUAUCUUACAGGGCAUAUGAAAACCCAUAACAAAAUAAAGGAAUUGAAAUAA